CCUUAUUAGAUUGUAUAUAAGCAGUCGGCAUGCAUUGAUUAUAGACAGUGUUAAAUCUCAACAUCAUUUACUAGACUUGAUGCGUCGUCGCUUCACAACAUUACAAAACCGCUACAAGACUACAUAACAAGUAAAAAUACAAUGUCUUCAUAUACCAAUGUUACUGACGAAAGCUCAUCAAAUGAAGAUCAAUCGGAAUCAUACAAGGAUAUUUUUAUGGAUUUGAUAUCAAAAGGGAAAGUUGAAAAUGAUGUAUUGAACACAUUAACAAUGAAGGAAGGAAAUAAUUCAUACACUUUUAAAUGCCCUGUUGCACCACACUGUGAAGACUACUAUGUUAUUCAGCAUUACAAAAUUAGUACAAUUCAAGAUAUUCCGUCAGAUGAAAGAUGGAAACAUGCGGAAGCUAGUAUUAAAAUUCAUACAUCUACUAGAGAUACAAAAGAUUCGAACAUUUCAAACAAAAUCAAUGACGUUGUUCGUGAAAUAUUGGACCGGUUUUCAGCAGAUCCUAAGAAAAAAAUUAUUAAAAAUACUAAAAAAUAAAUUAACAACAAUUUAAAUGUAUAUACUAUAUUAUCAAUAUUGCAAAUUAUAAACAUUUAUAAUUUAAUGAUUGUAUAAU